GUACGCAGGAAGCACAGUGCACUUCUGGACGUUUCCUCACUCGAACAAGCCAGAUGCCAUUACUGCCACGGAUCAUGGCAAGAAAUGCUUGGGCAAGGCUCUGAAGCAGGUGUACGGUGCAGAUUCCAUUGCGUACUACUGCGUUGUGGCAGAGCAGCAUGCCAGCUCUUCACGAAGAUGGGAGAGAACAUGGCAUUGGCAUGCAGUGCUAAAGCUGAGUCGUCGUGUGAAGUGGAAAGCUGUGGCCAAGAACUUGCGGGAGCGUGGCUUUUAUGGCCGCCUGGCUUUGCCACAGUUCCAUGCUGAUAUAUGGCGCAUUCUUCGCUAUGUACUUUGUCCGAGCUUCAAGAAAAGCCAUUCUGAACUCGAUGGCGAUCCUUACUUCUCUUCGACCUUCCCCUUGGAACAGAUGGAAAGCAAGAUGCGUAAGUAUUCGAGUGCUUCUUUCCGGCCAAGUGACAUGUUCAAUGCGCUUCGGAACUUGCGUCCACGGUUGACUUCGUACCAGGAGCUCAUAGAAUGGGCUGAGCAGCAGCGUCAGCGUGGCAAUGGCAAGUUCCAGGAGUUCAUGGCGCGGCAGGGGCCGAAGAUGCAGCCCCUGUUCUUAUCCUGGCAGAUGAUGUUGACAGAGACAACCACGCCCAAACAACGCGAGGAGUUGCGCGAAGCUUUGGACAACUUGUUGGAGCAUCAUGGAAGCUCUUGCGCGGACUUGCCCUUUGGAGAGCUCGGAGGCUGUGCCUUGGUUGGCCGGAAGCGGAAAGCCGAGCAUCCACUGGCUUCGACUCCGUCCGAAGCGGCCCCUCCAGUGGCUUCGGAACCAGCUGUGCAUGCGGCGCGACCGCUCUCUCUGCCUCAUUCGUGGUCUGCGGAGUUCGGAGAGCAUCCGACAUCGACGCUUGCGCAGCCGUGGACUCCGCCGGGGUCGCCGGCGGAAGCUUCGUUUGGGGAGUCCUGGCCUGCGUGGACACCGCCGCGGACAGCAGCACCGCUUGAACAUUUGGACGAGGAGCUUGCGCAGCCGUGGACACCGCUAGGCCCACCUCCUACAUCGCCAGAAAAUUCUCGGCUCUUGUCGCCUCAUUGGGAAACGCCGCCGGAGAUCCACGCAGCUUUCCGAUCUCAGAGUGCUCAAGCCGUCUCCAGUUCGCAGAGCGACGCAUUGUCAUCGCCAGUGUGGCGAACACCGCCGGAGAUUCUAGAAGCUUUCAGACAGGGCUUGUAA